AUGGACGUCGUACUCGAGGGCUUCGACACCUUCCUCUUCGACCGCAUAUAUGCCACCAUCCUUCCCAUAUCCGCCUCGGUGGUCGCCUUCAACCCCAUUUCAACAAUAGCAGCGAGUCUCAAACAUCUCGUCGACCACAAUGCCACAUUCCACGAUCCCACACAAGGCGCCUUUGCGCGAUCCUCAUGGCAAUACGAGCCUGCAACCGAAUACUAUAGCCUGCAACCUAGUGAACACGCAUACAUGAGUCGAUGGGAUCGUGACAACGUAUACCGCMAAUUGGUAUCGUUCUACAUCAUAGCAUGGAUUUUCGGCGGCGCGAUCUACCUCUCCUGCGCGACUUUGAGCUACAUCUUUGUGUUUGACAAGAGUACGGUCAACCACCCAAAGUACCUGAAGGACCAAAUGCGCAUGGAGAUCAAGCAGGCUUGCUCGGCAAUUCCGGUCAUCGCUCUGCUCACGGCUCCAUGGUUCGUUGCAGAAGUUCGCGGCUACUCCUUCAUCUACGACAAGGUCUCGGAUCCUGGCUUCAGUCACCCUCUGCUAAACUGGAUGGGAACCUCAUACAACUGGAUUCAAUUCCCACUCUUCCUCCUAUUUACCGACUUCUGCAUUUACUGGAUCCACCGCGCGCUGCACCACCCGAUCCUCUACAGACGUCUACACAAGCCGCACCACAAGUGGAUCAUGCCAACUCCCUUUGCAAGCCACGCCUUCCAUCCUUUCGACGGUUACAUGCAGAGUGUGCCAUACCACCUUUUCCCGUUCAUCUUCCCAAUGCAAAAGUUUGCCUACAUCGCUUUGUUCACAUUCAUCCAAAUUUGGACGGUCAUGAUCCACGACGGCGAAUAUGUGGCCAACAGCCCAAUCAUCAAUGGAGCGGCAUGCCACACAAUGCACCACCUGUACUUCAACUACAACUACGGCCAGUUCACUACGCUUUGGGAUCGUCUGGGAGGAAGCUACAGGAAACCCAAUGAGGAGCUCUUCACACGCGAGACGAAAAUGAGCAAGGACGAGUGGGCAAGACAGAAGAAGGAAACGGAGAAGAUGGUUAUCGAGGUCGAAGGCUCCGACGAGRGGAGUUAUCUGCCUGCUGAGAAUGUCGCUCGGAUGAGCAAGGGCAUGAGCAAAAAAGUGCAAUGA